AUGGAGCACUCUCAAGCAAACCUGGAAGACGCCGGCAAGGUGGUCGACGCUGCCACCAAGCCAGACGACAACAACGAAAAGGUGGACUACAACGACGAACGCAGCCAACACAACGACAAGCGCUCCCAAAAACGAAAGGCCAACGGACAGCAAUACGGAUCUCGAGGCGGGCGUAAUGACGGUAAGCGCCAUAAGAAGGGAGAUAUGGGACGUGGAGAAUACUUUCGCGAUGGACCAGACAAGCGCACCAAAAGCGGCGAGUCACGUGAGAAGCGGGAAGGACAGGACGCAGGCAGAUAUGGAGUGCAAUAUAGCAAAGAAGAAAUCGAAGCCGAAGAGAGGAAGCCGAAGAGGAAAGUCGCCGUGUUGAUUGGGUAUGCCGGGACGGGCUAUAAGGGCAUGCAGAUCACACCUACAGAAAAGACGAUCGAGGGCGAUUUAUUCCAGGCUUUCAUCAAGGCCGGUGCGAUCAGUAAAGCGAAUGCGGACGAUCCCAAGAAAGCGGGAUUGGUGCGGUGUGCGAGGACGGACAAGGGGGUCCAUGCGGCGGGGAAUAUGAUCAGUCUGAAGCUGAUAGUGGAGGACGAGGAUAUCGUGGAGAAGAUUAACGCCGAGCUUACGCCUCAGAUCCGAGUCUGGGGCAUCGAGAGGACGAUUGGUUCGUUUUCGUGCUAUCAGGCCUGUGAUAGUAGGUGGUAUGAGUACCUUAUCCCUACUCAUGCUUUUUUGCCACCGCAUCCGAGUUCGUGGUUGGCGAAGAAGUUGGAGGAGUUGGCUGAUUUGGCUGGGGAUCGGGAGGGGUAUGAGGGGAGGCAGGAGGAGGUCAAGGGGUUUUGGGAGAGGAUCGAUGAGGGGGAGAUCCAGGCGGUGUUGGCGGAGAUUGACGAGGAUUUGAGGUGGGAUGUUGUGGCUGCUUUGCAGGGGGAGGAAGAGGCUGGAGCGAAGGCAGCGAGGGCUGAUGCGGAUGUUGAUGUGUUGGUUAAGUUUGGCAAGAGUGUUGGUGGGAGGAAGAACAAGGGGCAGGAGGAGGAUGAGGGUGGGGCUAUGAGUGAGGAUGAGGAGCAGACGGUCGAGGCUGCUAUUGUUAUCAAUGAGCCUGCAGCGGCAGGAGCCGAGAGGAAGGUCGCCGAGGAAACGGAAAGCGUCACCGCCACCGCACCAUCGGAAGACACCGCAUCUGUAGUCAACAGCAUGGUCGACUCCGCCAUCUCCCUCCCCGACAUCAUACCCGCCACGGACACAUCCACUACUCACCCACCCGCAACAAGCAAAGACCAAGACCGCCUGCUCCGCCUCAAAGCAGCAACCAAAAGCCUCCGCGCCGCCUACCUCCGAGCCAAACGCCGCUACCGCAUCCCCUCGACCCGUGUCGUCCGCAUCCAAGAGGCCCUAGACCGCUACGUCGGAACGAACAAUUUCCACAACUUCACCAUCCAGAAAAGCUAUCGAGAUCCGAGCGCGAAACGUCAUAUCAAGAGUUUCAAAGUGAAUCCCACCCCGAUUUUGAUCGGCGAGGGCGCGGACGAGGAGAAGUCGGAAUGGUUGAGUUUAAAAGUCCAUGGACAGAGUUUCAUGAUGCACCAGAUUCGGAAGAUGGUCGGGAUGGUUGCUUUGCUCGUCCGCUGCGGCUCGAAUCUCGAUACUUUGACCGAGGCGAUGGGGGCGGAGAAAUUCUCUAUCCCCAAGGUUCCGGGGCUGGGUUUACUGUUGGAGCGGCCGGUGUUUGAUAGUUAUAACACUCUGCAUGCUCCGAAGCAUGGCCGCGAAGCGCUGAUGUUCAGUAAAUUCGAGACGGAAUUGGAGGCUUUCAAGGCGAGGGAGAUUUAUCAGAGGAUCUUCCGCGAGGAGGAGGAGAGGAAUGAGUUUGGGCGGUUUUUUAAUCAUGUGGAUAAUUUUAAGGAGGGGUAUUUUUUGUUUGUUGGUAGUAUGGGGGUUAAGGCUUGUGGGAUGGAUUUGGGGAGGGGGAAGGAGGGUGGAGUUGGUGGUGAGAAGGUAGGGGUGGAGGACGUGGACGCUGGAGCCAUUGCUGGUGAUGGUGGGGUGGCUGAGGUGGGGCAGGCGGAGAAGUGA